AUGUGCAACGAACUAUCACAGCAGAACAUUUCGCGCAGGAUAUCAGAAUUCAUUGUCGAAGACAUGUGGAUACACCCAGAGGCAAUAGGCGCCAAAGAAUUAAGCAAAGUUGAUAGUGGUCACAAUUUAGACAGGAGUUCUCCAGCGAAGCCUGUCAGGAAUGCUGAAGAGGCUGAGAAAACGAUAGAUGGAAAUCCCUCAUUUGUUGUGGACCUAGGGAAUGGCUUCAAUCUAGUGGACAUCUUGAACACACAUUUUCCUGAUGAGGCAUCUUUGGCAGAGACGGACGCGCUGCAGCGUAGAAUCCAUGAUGACCAGCGAGAACUACAGAAAGAAAUCAAUGCAUUGCAGGCGCAAUUGAAGCAAAACCAGGAUUCCAAUAAAAUGCAGCUCAUUCAAGAACUCAUUUCGGAACUGCUGGGUCAAAUGUCUCGUAUACGCGAAAAGGCCACGGAAUCAGAGGCCGUCGUCCGGAAUAUUACCAAGGAUAUCCAGGUCCUGGAUCUAGCGAAGAAGAAUUUGAUCUUGAGUAUGACUACUCUGAAGAGGCUACAAAUGCUUGUGAAUGCUUUGACACAGUUGGAGGAUCUUCUAAAGGAGAGAAAGUACAGCGAAAUGGCGCAAACGCUUUCUGUAAGGCCGUUGAAAGAAAUUGCGGUGGCCUUCAAGCCUAUGAUUUCUGUUCCACGCGUAUCGCAAGUCUGGCGCCAGAUACAGCAAGUACAAGGAGCCAUCCGGACAGUUGUUGAGGCGGACUUCGAUAAAUUCUAUUUAGAAGAUCCAAACAAGCAACUCAAAGCCUCAAUAAUAUCGGAUGCUUGCUUAGUAGUGGAUGUUCUAGGCAGUGACGUGCGAUCAACUCUCAUCGAUAGAUAUGUGUCCAUAGAGCUUAAAGAGUAUCGACAAAUCUUCCGAACCACUGACGAAGCUGGCCAACUGGACAAUAUCUCGAGACGCUUUUCAUGGUUUCAUAGACUGCUACAGUCCCAUGAAAUGCACCAAGGAAGAAUAUUUCCAAGUGAAUGGAGAGUUGGCUGGCGGUUAUUAUGCAAAUUUGUCGAGAUAACUCGAGAAGACUUUUCCACUUUGCUGUCAAAAGCUGGGAAAUCUCUCAACGUUAAGACACUUCUCGAUAAUCUGCAGCUCACUGCAGAUUUUGAGGCAUCGAUGUCUAAGAAGUGGGCAACGCCCUUUCCUGAUCUUCUGGCUGUGAGCGAUCUACCUACCGGAUCUAUCAAGCCUAUCACCACUGCCUUCGAGCCGCACAUGGGCGUUUUCGUUGACGCUCAGGACAGGGCACUAGCAGAUAUGUUAGCUCCCCACAGGAAGGGUAGAACCGCGAACUCUCAGCCUCGUGGUUCUCUGGAAGCGACUUCUACACCUAUUGAUGCUGACGAUAACGGUUCUCCUUUGGCAGUUCUUCCGUCGUCGACAGAAUUGUUCUAUUUCUAUGGUCAAAGCUUAGAACAGUGUGCGAAGCUAUCAGCAGGGCAACCUCUUUUCGAUCUCUGUUCGUUACACAAGAAGUGGUUGAAGAUCUAUGCGGAGGAUGUUCUGAUUGCUAGUCUUAAGAGGCCCCCGUUUACUUCCCAGGGUCGCAGAUCUAUGGAGUCUCGCUACGACGCUAAUGCCAUGUAUCAGGCAUCAUUAGUGAUCAACACCGCGGACUACUGUCAAGCUACCGCACUUGAACUAGAGCAAAAGAUUCGAGAGAAAAUCAAUACCGAAUUCAAGGACAGGGUGUCUCUCCAGAAAGAAUGUGAUCUAUUCGUCAGUGCUGUCUCUUCUGCUAUCUCCGUUCAGCUCCGGGAACUCGAGGUCGCGUGUGAUCCUGCCUUUACGACUAUGGUUAUCGAAGCUGUUAAACCGCGGAUAGAGCAGAAGAAGUAUCUCAGGAAUCUGUUCGACAAAGCUUACAACCUUAUUCUCACGAAGUUUACUACAUCUCUGGUUAAGAGUAGGCCACUGGGGGAGAUCGGAGCGGAACAGCACCCGUACGGUAACUCUGGCCUUCCCUCUGGACAGCUAUUGAUAGACCUUCAAACAAUCAAGGCUUAUUUGUCCAAGAUGCCUGGAGAUGCCUUGACAACGACGACGUACACUCGUGGACUUUCAAAGAUCACGUCAAGGCUGGAGUCUCUAUUAAAAGUUAUCGUCACACCUGUUGAUCCUCCUGAAGGGUUCAUACUUAAUUAUACCCUCUUAAUUGGGGAUGCAUCAUUUUCCAAUUUCCAGAAAAUCUUAGACCUCAAAGGUACCCCAAAGACCGAACAAAACAAUCUGCUGGAUCUAUUUGUGACCAUCACAAGUACAAAGCACGAUCUCGACAGCACAUCAUUUUUGACCUCUUUGGAUAUGGAGCCCAACUCCGCACAGAUUGUCGGCGGUUUGAUCAGUCCUCUGAUCAUCACUCCAGCCAGCGAUGGAAUCUUCGGGUUAACAUCCCCGCCAAUUAGUGGGCCACCAACUGGGUCCAGCCUUGGCGAUAGUGGUUCGGCUAAUCGUCCUGGAGAACGUCGCGAAGUCUUCUCAGACUUCAGACGAUUCGUUAGCUUUGGACUACGCAGGGACUCUCAGGCACCAUAA